CUCUCUCGUGCUUCAGUGUUCAUUCAUCGAAGCGCGCCCAUCUCCAUCUUCAUACACCUUCUGAGCUCCGGUAGCUCGAACAAACAGCCACUAUGAGGGUAGCUGCUUCAGCGCUGCUCGCUGGCGCCGCCUCCGCUGCGGUUGCGCCACAGCAACAGAUCCUCAAGUUCCCCAGCUCCUUCAGCGAGCUCAAGGAAGACUUGUGGUCAAAGCCUCUCCACAACCUCGAGGAGAGCCUCAAGUCGCUCACUGGCGAGGCCAAAGCCACUUGGGAUGAGGUGGCCACCAUGUACCCCGAGAGCUUCGACAAAGCCGCUUUCUUCUCGACACCCAAGCCCCACACCCGCAAGCACGACAGCGAGUGGGACCACAUCGUCAAGGGCGCCGAUGUCCAGAGCGUCUGGGUCGAGAAUGCCCAGGGCGAGAAGGAGCGCGAGAUCGAUGGCAAGCUCGAGCAGUUCGACCUGAGGGUCAAGAAGGUCGACCCCAGCGUUCUCGGCGUCGACAAGGUCAAGCAGUACAGCGGCUACCUUGACGACAACGAGGAGGACAAGCACUUGUUCUACUGGUUCUUUGAAUCGCGAAAUGACCCGAAGAACGACCCCGUGGUGCUUUGGCUCAAUGGCGGACCCGGAUGCUCUUCGCUCAUGGGUCUCUUCAUGGAGCUCGGCCCUGCUUCAGUCAUGAAGGAUGGCAAGCUCAAGCACAACGACUACUCGUGGAACGCCAACGCGUCCGUUAUCUUCCUCGACCAGCCCGUCAACGUCGGCUACUCAUACUCCAGCGGCUCUGUGAGCAACACUGUUGCCGCUGGCAAGGACAUCUACGCCCUCCUUACCCUCUUCUUCAAGCAGUUCCCCGAGUACAGCAAGCAGCCCUUCCACAUCUCGGGUGAGUCGUACGCCGGUCACUACAUCCCUGUCUUCGCCUCCGAGAUUCUGUCCCACAAGAAGCGCAACAUCAACCUCCAGUCCGUCCUCAUCGGUAACGGUCUGACCGACGGUCUUACUCAGUACGAGUACUACCGCCCCAUGGCCUGCGGUGAGGGUGGCUGGCCCGCAGUCCUCGACGAGAGCUCUUGCCAGGCCAUGGACAACGCCUACCCCCGCUGCGCCAGCUUGAUCGAGAACUGCUACAAGUCCGAGUCCGUCUGGUCUUGCGUCCCUGCCUCCAUCUACUGUAACAACGCCAUGAUUGGUCCUUACCAGCGCACUGGCCAGAACGUCUACGACGUCCGCCGCCCAUGUGGUGACAACCAGCUCUGCUACGAUGAGAUUGACUACAUCUCGGCUUUCCUCAACAAGAAGGAGGUCAUGAAGGCCGUUGGCGCUGAGGUCUCAUCCUACGACUCAUGCAACUUCGACAUCAACCGCAACUUCUUGCUCCAGGGUGACUGGAUGAAGCCAUACCACCGCGUCGUCCCCGGUCUCCUUGAGGAGAUCCCCGUCCUCGUCUACGCUGGUGACGCCGACUACAUCUGCAACUGGCUCGGCAACAAGGCCUGGACUGAGGCGCUUGAGUGGAAGGGACAUGAGGAGUACAAGAAGGCCGAGAUGAAGGACUUCAAGAUCGACGGUGAUGGCAAGAAGGUCGGUGAGGUCAAGUCCUCGGGCAACUUCACCUUCAUGAAGAUCCACGCUGGUGGACACAUGGUGCCCUUCGACCAGCCUGAGGCAUCCCUCGAGAUGGUCAACAGGUGGUUGAGCGGAGAGUUCUGGGAGUAAAUUCCUGCACUGAGAGGAGGUUUUGGAACAAUUUGGUAAAUUGUUGGGCAUGGCUAGGAUGGAGUUCCGGCUUGGGUCCGUUUUGUAGUAUAAGCAUAUCAAUCAAUGUAAAGAAUUAAGCUUAA